AUGGCACAGAGAAAGCACUCAUUUCGUUUUAGGAUCCCUUGGCUAGCAGCAACCCCUGAAUCAUUGUCUCGUAAUUUUAACCAUAGAUCAAAUUCUCCAGACACAACAAAUGUACCCAUUAGGCCUUCUGAGAUAACCUCUGCAGAGUCUCCUUCUAGUCCUUCCAAAACUCAGAUAACACAAAGAACUGAACCUCAAAAGCAAUCACCACUUCAUCCAACUCAGCCAGCACCAUCUUCUCUGAUCACUGAGUCCCCGGUUUCUAAGCCGAAACCCCCUUCUCCAUCCAGAUCCCCAAAGUCGGUUAUCUCUCCACCGCCAUCAUCUCAUACAGGCUCUCCCACUCAGGCUCAUAGUGUUCCUUCACCCCCAAAAACUCAACCUCAGUCUCCCUCUCAUUUUGCCUCGGACGGUGCCGUGAAGGAGCCAAAGCUUGAUGCUGAAGAAAGAACUCAUCCUGCAUCAUCAUCUCCCUUUGAACAGGAAAAGGAAAAGAUGGUUGUGUCUGAACCAACGCCACAAGAAGCGGAGUUGAAAGUGCACUCACCAUUAAGAGCAAUCACCAAGUCACCAGAGACCUCUUUUCAACCUGAGAGCUUGUCAACACCGCCUGCAGGCUCUGAACAACAACCUAGUUCCAUUCCAGACUCAUCCCCAGUCUCUAAAACUGUCCCUUCCUUUCAGCCUCAUCCAUCGUCUCCUUCAGCCUCAGAGCGAGGCGAGGAGGAGUUAAAGGCUAAACCUGAAGAAAGCACUCCGCCUGCAGCAUCUAACUCCCAAGAAGAAAAAGAGAAGAUGACAGUGGCAGUUUCUGAACUUGUGCCACAAGAAGCUGAACCAAAGAUGAAGUCACCACUGAAAACUAUCCCCAAGUCACCAGAAACCUCUUCCCAACCUGAGAAUCUGUUUACACAGCCUACAGCAACAACUUCAGGCGAUGAGGAAAGAUCAAUCUCCCAAAGCAAGUUCCUUCAAUCUAAAGAAAAGGAAAAAGCGGUACACAAAACCAAAAAGGAAGGAAAAGCCAAAGACACAACUAUUAGCCAACAUUCUAGGCAUACCACAGCAUCUGCUUCAGGCGCAAAGGCACAAUCUGCCAAUGCGGUUCAUUCAGAUAAGAAGCUACAUGCGGUUCGAGAAACUGUAGAGAGAAAGGUAAUGUUUUCCACAUCCAACUCCAGUGAGAAAGACACUAGAGUUUUGAGCUCCACAGGUCCAGAAAGAACUGUUUCAUCCAGCAUGGAAAAGGCACCACUGCAAAAAGGUAUUAAAGAAGAUAUUUCAAAGUUGGUUGACAAACUAGCCUCUGUGCACCCAACACAAGACAUGGACGACAUUGACAAACAAUUCAGUGUCAUAACACUGGCUGGUGACAACAGAGGAGCUACAAUGCAUGUUGGUCCCGAGCCAGAGAAGAGAGAGGGGUCAAUCCACAUACACCGCGCCUACAAGACUGAUCCGGAAGAGAGCCCUGAGGUGACCACAGAUGGAGAGGAAAAUACCAACACUGAAGAAGACUCUGACAGUUCAAUGGAGCAUAGUAAAGUGGGGAAGGCAUAUGUCAACAGCAACAUACAAAGCAUCAACAAUUCACUCAUGUUUCAUGGUUCAAUCACUGAAAGGGACCCUGGAGUUCAAGUGAGUCUUCCACAAAAGCCUGCAGAGCCUAUCAAGCCAGAUGAUAAGGACACUCACAAGACUGAGUUCAACAUUAGCAGGGCCCAGAAGUCAACCUUUCAGGCAACAGUUAGAAGAAGAUACCCCAGAGGCCUUCUCCGGGAACCAAAUGACCUUGACCCGGAUAACCUUGACAAUCCUCGCCGUCAUGGUUGCAAGUUCAGUUGUGACAACAACAUUGAAGACAUUGAGAUUCUGUGA